CCCUAGCCAACAAUGACUUUAUAAAUUUCAUCUGCGAGCAAAGCUGAAAACCAAGCACACAUAAAGUUGUAGGUUUGAAAUUAAAUAGAAAAAAGUCAAAUUAUAAAAAAUAAACGAAAAUGUCUCGCGGAAGUUCAGCCGGUUUCGAUAGACACAUUACAAUCUUUUCGCCCGAGGGACGCCUCUACCAAGUGGAGUAUGCAUUUAAGGCCAUCGACCAGGAGAACAUCACCACCGUGGCUUUGAAGAGCGGCGACUGUGCCGUUGUGGCCACCCAGAAGAAGGUGACCGAGAAGAAUAUUGUGCCCGAGACUGUGACACAUUUAUUUGGCAUCACCAAGCAAAUUGGUUGCGUUAUGACCGGGCGCAUUGCGGACUCACGAUCGCAGGUGCAAAAGGCACGCUAUGAAGCAGCCAAUUUCCGUUACAAAUACGGCUACGAGAUGCCCGUGGAUGUGCUCUGCCGUCGCAUAGCCGACAUCAAUCAGGUGUACACGCAAAAUGCCGAGAUGCGUCCGCUGGGCUGCAGCAUGGUGCUCAUCUCCUAUGACGAUGAACUGGGUCCGUGUGUCUACAAAACCGAUCCGGCCGGCUACUAUUGCGGUUUCCGUGCCUGUUCGGUGGGUGCCAAAAUGAUUGACGCCAACAGCUUUCUGGAAAAGAAAUACAAGAAUAAUUUAUCCGAGGAGAAGACCAUUCAAUUGGCCAUUACUUGUCUCUCCACCGUGUUGGCAGUUGACUUUAGGCAGAACGGCAUCGAAAUCGGGGUUGUCAGCAAGUCGAAUCCCCAGUUCCGCAUACUCGACGAGAAGGAGAUCGAGGAUCAUCUAAACAAAAUUGCUGAAAAGGAUUAAACGCCCAGCGUUUGAACCUUUAGAUCUUAUAUCGAACUAUUUUAUACAUUAAAUGGAAUGUGGAAAACAUAAGAAA